AUGCUGUCUCGCCGUGUCGCUUCGCAUUCGCUGGCUUCGCGCAGCCUGCGUACCUCUACGCUGGCUCAAAAUUGGCUCAUAGCAGCUCAACAUCCUUUUAAUGCUGCACGCGGUUUUGCAGCUGCGUCAAACGCAGGCGGCGGCGUGCCCGGCGACUUUGUCUGUCACUUGCGCGGCGUGGGGAUGACAAUUCCGGGUGGUAAAAAGUUGUUCGAGCGCGUUAGUUUGGGCUUUUUACGUGGCGCCAAGAUCGGUGUGCUUGGCGCCAAUGGUAGUGGCAAGUCCACGUUGCUAAAGAUCGUCGCUGGUGUACGCAACGACUUCGACGGCGAGCGCUGGGUCAAGGACGGACUGAAAGUCGGCUACUUGCCACAAGAGCCGCAGCUAGAUCCGAGCAAGAAUGUGUACGAGAACAUAAUGGAUGGACUGAAGGAGAGUCAGACACUAUUGGCCAAGUUCGACGAGGUUUCCAUGGCUAUGGGCGAGCCAGACGCAGAUUUCGACGCGUUGCUAGAAGAGCAAGCCACGCUGCAGGACCAGAUCGAGACCUUGGGCUGCUGGGAUCUGAGUCACGAGGUGGAGAAAGCCAUGGCUGCAUUGAGAGUCCCUGCUGCGGAUGCAGACGUGGAAGUGCUGUCGGGAGGGGAGCGACGUCGUGUGGCGCUGUGCCGACUGCUACUCGAGAAGCCAGACAUGCUGCUGCUUGAUGAGCCCACGAACCACUUGGACGCCGAGUCCGUGCACUGGCUGGAGGAUUUCCUGCAGAAAUACCGCGGCACAGUGCUGUCCAUCACGCACGACCGGUAUUUCCUGGACAAUGUGGCUGGGUGGGUGCUGGAGCUCGAUCGAGGCGAGACGUACGCGUACGAAGGCAACUACACCGAGUGGCUGAGUCAGCGUCGCAAUCGCUUCAACAUGCAGCGGAAGAGCGACGCGAUUCGUGCAAAGCAGAUCGCGUCCGAGAUCGCCUGGUCUCGUGACCAUCAAGGCAGCAAGAAGGCCAACAAGGCGCGUCUGCGGAAGCUCCAAGAGAUGGAGUCCAGCGGCUUCAAGGCCUCGUCGAGAGUGGAGGAAGGUCAGAUCGUCGUGCCCUCGGGUGUGCGUCUAGGCAACAAGGUCAUCAAGGUCAAGAACCUGCGCAAACAGCUCGACGACGGGCGUGUGUUGUUCGAGAAGCUCUCGUUUGAGAUCCCACCGCACGCUAUCGUGGGCAUUGUAGGCGGCAAUGGGAUGGGGAAGAGUACCCUGUUUAACAUCAUUGCUGGCAUCGAGACACCCGAUCAAGGGAGUGUCGAGCUCGGGAAGACUGUGAGUCUGGGCUUUGUGAGCCAGAGUCGCGACGAACUGAGCGGCAGACGUUCCGUGUACGAGGAGAUUUCGGGCGACAACGAGUUCGUGGAGAUCGGCGGAGACCGCAUCAACACACGCGCGUACAUUGCCAGCUUCAAUCUGCGCGGCGGCAUGCAGGAGAAGAAGGUCGGUAGUCUCAGUGGAGGCGAGCGCAACCGCGUUCAUCUGGCCAAGAUGCUGCUGGGCGGCCACAACGUUGUGAUGCUGGAUGAGCCGACGAACGAUCUCGACGUGGACACGCUGCGCUCGCUGGAAGCCGCUCUCACGGACUUUGACGGCGUGUCGAUGGUCAUUUCGCACGACCGAUGGUUCCUGGACCGCAUCUGCUCGCACAUUAUCGCGUUCGAGGGCGAGGGCCGCGUCCAGUUCUUCGACGGCAACUACACUGAGUACGAGAGAGAACGCAAGCAGACGAAUGCUUAG